CCAGCUGCCAGCCGGGACCCCGGGGUCCAGGCAUGGUGGGGGGACUGUGGUCUUGACACCCCCCCUCCCCAGCCCGGGCUCAGCUGGAGCACAUGGACAGCAGGGAGCUUUUCUUCCCCACAGGAGGAAGGGGAAGGGGAAAGAGAUCUUUAGACGCUGCUCCUCCGCCCACCUGGACAAGAGGAAGCCCUGAAAAAUCCUCCUUGGUGACGUGUGUCCUCCAGGCAGAUCCCUGUAGUUGGAUCUCCGAAAGCUGCCUACUCCCGUGGCAUCGCGCCUAGUCCUUCUGCCUACAAGAGGAGUAAAGCAAGGCUCGUGUCCGGCACUGCCCAUCUUCCCUCUCGGACGCUGCCCAUGCUCUGAGGGAUGCUGCUGGGGAGGAACCAGCCCCCCGGCCAUGUGGAGUGGGUUUGAAAAGCCGUGGGGUGCCACCUGCGGAAAGUAGCAAAGAUGCUGAAGGCAAGGCUCCGGCAGCCCUGCCUGCAAACCCAGCCUGGCUGCCCCGCACCCGGAGAAGCUGCGCAAACCCCGUGUGUCUGCGGGACAGCCAAAGGGGACACUGAAGGGGACAGUGACUCUUGGCAAGAGAGGGGGAGCAGAGGGGGCAGAGGUCAGCUGCGGGAUGCUCCUGCCUCCAAGAUGGUCGAGCAGGAGGGAUGGACGGGGCUGCUGGGAGGGAAGGCGAGUGGGAACUGCCAGUGGGAGCCCAGGGGGCUCAAUGGGGACAUGCUGGGUCCCUUGUUGGAUGACGGCAGCCUAGCCUUGACAUCUGAGCCUGCAGCCCCCCCAAAAUGUCCUGGCUCUGCCCCAGUACUGCCCCUCACAGAAGCCAGCUCCAUGGCCAAUCCCAGCCGGGAGUGGAAAUUGGUGAAGAUCCAACGGGUCCUCAUCAACCCUGCCAGCGAACCAAGGAAACUGGGUCUCUCCCGCAGCGCCAGCCUCUCUGAGAAGGAGCUGAAGGAGGCGAAGGCGCGGAGCCGGAGGAUCGCGGCGCAGCUCACCACGGCGCCCAGCCCCAGCUCCAAGGGCGUCCUGCUCUUCAACCACCGCAAGCAGCGCGUCGACGGGCUGGCCGAGGCCGGGCAUGGCGGGGGGCUGGAGCUGAGCCCUGCGCCCCGGCCUCUGCAAGCGGCCAUGGAGGAGGGUGAGGGGCAGGGGAUGAAGCCAGAGCCUGGCCAGCCCACCGCCCCAGGAGAGGGGCUGCGGGCGAAUGACUCCCCAUGCCAGGAACCGCCGGCUGAAGCCCAGCAGGUCCCGCUUAGCGUCUACCUGAAGGAGAACAUGGCAUCGGCCACCGCCAACGGUGUGCAGGAGCGGGCGGCCAGGGGGAUGGAGAGCGGGGCAGGGGGGCUCGGGGAUGUGGGAGCCCCUGCGGGGCCAAGCACGGUGGCUCUUGCCCGGCCACAGAGCCCCAAGGAGGGGAAGAACGGUGAGGUGCCCAGUGUGCCAGCGGAGACGACACCCUCGGCCAGCCGGCAGCAGAACGGGGCGCAGGGCCGGCAGUACUAUGAGGUCCAUCUCACCCUGGCCAAGCCCAAGCCUGUGAAGAACCGGACGGCCAGACCCUUCGGCACCCAGGCGUCCCCCGCCAGCGGCCAGCCCACGGAGGAACCCCCUGCCACCGAGCUGCCCCCGCCACCCACCUACGCGGAGACCCUGAGCAGCCCUCCGCCGCUCACUCGUGUCCGCUCGCCCCCCGCCUACUCGGCCCUGUACCCUCCCCGGGAGCAGAAGAUGCUGCCAGGUGCCUCCCUGGGCUGUGGGGUGACCGGACCAAACCCCCUGCCCAAAACAGGGAUCCUGGAGGAGUCGGCCGCUCGGAGAGCCGGUAAAAAGUCCAUGUUCACCUUCGUCGAGAAGCCGAAGCUGGGCCCCAACCCUGAUCUGCUGGACCUAGUCCAGAGCGCCGACAGCAGGAAGAAGCAGAAGGAGCAGGGGGAGCCUGGUGCUGAGGACGAGCCCUUUGCCCUCGGGGCUGAAGCCGCCAACUUUGUCCCCAAAAGUGCACCCAGGGGUGGGCAGCACCUCCCGCCAGCCGACGAUGCUCCAGCGUGGUCCUCCUGCCUCAAGUCUCCCACCAUCCAGCCCAAGCCAAAGCCGCAGCCCAGCCACCACCUCAGUGAAGCGAGAGGGAAGGGGGCCGAGCUCUUUGCCCGCCGGCAGUCAAGGAUGGAGAAGUUCAUCAUCGAGGCUCCCCCCCAACCUGAGCUGCUGCGGUCCCCAUCACCCACCAUGUCCCUGCCUCCCUCCUGGAAGUAUGACGCCAAUGCUUACCUGUCGCCCAUGGUCUCCAGGCGCCCUUCCAAGAGUCCCUCCAGGCCCUCCAAAACCCCCCCAGCAUCACUGUAUGGUGGAAACCUGAUGGAGAAUGAGGUCUCCCAGAAGGAGCUGGAGAUCUCCAAGCACCAGCCCUACCAGCUCCAGUCUUCGCUCUUCAUCCUCUCCCCAUCCAAGGGGCCGGCGAGGUCGAUACCCCAGGAGACGCCUCCACCCAGACCCUCUCUUCCCGAUGCCUAUCGCCCUCCCCAGCAAACCUCCUGCCCAACCUCUCCGUUGCCUCCUUCCCCCGUUUGGCAUCCCCCCACUGUGCCCAGCUCUGCCCAGACCACCUCCAGCCCCUUCCCCAGUGCCGCUGGGGCUCUGUCCCUGACUCACGGCAGCCGUGCCGGUCCCGGAGCCCCGACCGAGGUGCUGCUGGCCUCCCCAUGCCGCCUGCUGCCACCCCGAGCGAAGGGAGGCUUCCAGGCACCCCGGCCCUCCUACUCCACCAGGAAUGCCGGCAUCGAGCCGCAGGAAAGGCGGUCGUCCCUCCCCGCCUCACCCACCUGGACACCCCGGCUGGCGCGGCACCCGGGCAGCCUGGACGGCUGGGCCAGCCCGGCCUCGGUGCUCGAGCUGGACGAGGGACCCCCCAUGUCCCCUCCAUGGAGCGAGAGGUCCCUGUCCCCGCUGCGGCAGGACGCCGACCCCCGGGCCAGCCGGCAGAUGCAAGCGCGGCUCGCCAGGAACAUCAUCAACGCUGCCCGAAGGAAGAGCUCCUCUCCCAAAGCUGUGGGGCUGGAGGGCUCCCGGCCCUUCACCCCCAUCCCCGCCGGACCCCCCAGCUUGCCCCAGUCCCCCACGCUGGCGCGGCCAGAGGCCUCCAGAGCCCCAGCGCUGCAGGCUGCCAGCAGCAUGCCGGGGAGCCUGGGCAGCCCCUUGCCCACCCACAAAAGCCCCCUGAGAUCACCCCGGGCGGAUGGCCCCCAGUUUUGUGCCUCCCCUGGGAUACCCCGAGCCGCCUGGGCAGAAGGUCGCCAGCUCCUGCUGCCACCCAGCGUGUCCUGCCCUGUCCCCAGGCUGUCCCCCAGCCCCAAGAGCCCCCUGCCAUCCCCUGUGGUGGGCGGGCGAUCGCCGGCCAAGCGCUGCACCUCCCGGUCCCCGACGGACUCGGACGUCUCCCUUGACUCCGAAGACUCGGGGACCAAGAGCCCGGGCAUCCACAGCUUCAACCUCUGUCCCCGGGGCUGGACCGGCAGCCUGCGGCUGAAGCCGGGGGGGUUGCCCUCGGGAGCCCCCUGCACCUCCUAGAUGAGCCAGCCCUGGCCAGGUCACCCUCUCCCCAGCCCCGCCGCCUGGGGCGAUGCCACCCGCUGAGCCCCCCCCCCACCAGGAACACCUUAACCCUCGGGGCUGAGGUCCCCAAAAAACAGUGUCCCCACUCCCCGGUGGAGCUACCACAGCCCCUCGGCGUGCCAGCGGGGUCAGGUGCCUCCCGCCUGCCUGCCACCCCAUGGCCCCACUCUAUUUUUACCACCCUAACCUUUCAGGGCAGGACUGCGUGGUCAGCAGGCAGCGGGGGGGCAGCCAGCCCCCCUCCCUUCCUCUGCAGCCCCUGCCCACCAGUCCGCCCUAUGCCAUGUAGCCAGGCUGGGGACGAGCUCGGUGGUCCCCUGCAAGCUCCCCCGUCCCCAGCGCAGAGGUGUCACCCAGGGUGUCACCACAGCUCUGCUUUCCUGGGGUGGCACAGCCGGUGCCACUGCCCACAGGGUCACAGCACACCGGGCAGGGGUGGGCAGCACCGAGCGGGUGCUGUGGUCAGGCACACUCUCCCAGCCUCCAGAUCUGUCUAGUUUCAGUUGAAACCAGAUUUUGGGGAGGAAAAGUUCAUUUUUUUAUUCCAGCACCCUGCCCUGUUUUGUUGGAGGUUUUUUUUUGUUUGUUUGUUUGGGUUUUUUUUUGUUUGUUUUUUAUUUUUGACCCCCUUCUCAAAGGAAUUCCCCCAGAUCUUUCCCUGGUGACCAAAAACAGAGCCAAAGUUAUUUAUUGCCAUGUCAAGGGGGCCGUUUACAGGUGCCCUCCCACCCUGCCCAGGCAAAGAGGGACAGCCCCAUCCCAUACCCUGUUGCUGUCCCCAUCCCCAGGCUCACCCCCUCCCUGUCCCCACCCCUGCGGGAUGGAGGGACACACAGGGACCAGCGGGUGCUGUGGCAGCCGGGGUCGGGGCUGGGGGUGCAGGGAGGUGGUGGGGGGAGGUGUGAAGGAAGUGAUACAGGUUGCAGAGGGUUUGAAGGAGGUGUCAGUGCAGGAGGCGAUGCUGAGAGCAUUUUGGGGACGAGCCGAUGUCCCCACAGGGAGCCCUACGAGGGGUUGGGGGGUGCCCAGGGACAGCAGUGUCAGGGGGAGGUUUGGGGUGAUGGGGAAAGGAGGGCGAUAGGGUGGACAGAGCUAUGUUGCAGAGCCUGGGGAGAGCAGUGGGUGUCCAGGAGAGCGGUGGGUCCCCAAAGCACUUGUCCUCACCCAGGGGUGAGCAGGAGCCAGUUGGGGUGCCAGGAGGUGCUACGGCAGUGACCGCAGCCCCCCCCCCCCGCCCCCCCCCCCCCGAGGGCACAGCCUUGGUGCUGGUAAGACCAGUAUGGAGAAAGGAGGAUGCUGGUGCUCCAGCAUGACCCCUGUUCAGGGAGCCCCUGUCACUCCUUCCCUGGGACAUGCUGUCAGAGCCAGCCCAUCCCUGUUCCCUGGGGUCCCCCUGCCCUGCAGCCUCCCCUUCCCAGGACACAGUCCACCCCGCCUUGCUGCACCAGCCACCACAACCCGCCUCUGCCACACAGCUGUAUACCCAACUCCGAAAUAAACUGCCGUUAUCCCA